GACAAAAAAUGGAACACAACAGCAGUGUGAGGAGACCUGAAAGUGGCACAUGGCAUGGCAGAGUGUGGCGAUGGAGACAGCAGCAAUGGGAGGCCGUACAGGGACCCAUGAGAGACUCUGGACCUGGCAGCAGCAUGAGGAGGCGGUACUGGGGCCCAUGGCAGAUUAGGGGCCUGGCAGCAGCUAUGGGAGGCCCGUAAUAUGCCAGCACCCUAUGACAAAAAAUGGAACACACCCAGCAGUGUGAGGAGAACCUGAAAGUGGCACAUGGCAUGAGACACUGUGGACCUGGCAGCAGCAUGAGGAGGCGGUACAGGGGCCCAUGGCAGAUUAGGGGCCUGGCAGCAGCUAUG